AUGUCGACGGACUCACAAAGUACAGCGCAGCUUUUUGCUGAGUUUUUCAAAACGAACUAUCAAACAACGGAAGCUUCCGGUCGAAUAAUGAUGCCCAUCGAUCCUGUCAUACACGAUAUUUGUUUGACCUUAGAGGAAAUAGAGGCAGGUUUGAAAAGGCUAGAUGCAGCGGUAGAGAAUAGAAUUUCGCCCCAUCAGCACGGAUUCUUCAGUAAAAGAUCGGUGGUCACAAAUCUUUGCGAGUUCACCACUCGCGUAUUAGAUUGGAUGAUCAAGGGAUUCCAAGUGGACUGCAUCUACACCGACAUGUCGAAGGCCUUUGAUGUAGCAGGGAUCAACGAAAUUUUGGAUGCAUCAGCGCGAAUUGGUAUUGGAGGUAACAUCCUACCUUGGAUCGAGUCUUAUUUGGUGAAUAGACAACAGUACGUGUCUAAAUUCUGUCUGCUCGGCGCCCUUUGA